AUGGCCGCAGCAGCGACAUCUAAUUUAUCGCAGGCUGCUGCAAGGGCACUGACUACGCCAACCGAUUGUAUCAUUGCCUCCAAGUAUAAACUGCAUCGAAAAAUUGGCGCCGGGUCCUUUGGGGAUAUCUAUUUGGCUGUCGUUAUUGCGACUGGAGAAGAAGUGGCUGUGAAACUUGAAUCCAGCAAGGCUCGUCAUCCACAACUCCUAUACGAAAGCCGAGUUUACAAAAUUUUGCGCGGAGGUUUUGGUAUUCCUCGAUUACGAUGGUAUGGUACUGAAAAAGAUUACAACUUAUUAGUAAUGGAUUUAUUGGGUCCAUCUCUUGAAGAUCUGUUCAAUUACUGUAAUCGUCGAUUCACAAUGAAGACUGUUUUAAUGCUCGCUGAGCAAAUGAUAGGACGUAUCCAAUUUGUGCACAUCAAAAAUUUCAUACAUCGGGACAUAAAGGCUUUGUUUUUUGUGCCGGACAAUUUCUUGAUGGGUACUGGUCGGUACUGUGAUAAAUUAUUUUUGAUUGACUUCGGCUUAGCAAAGGAAUAUUGCGAUUCUCGGACUGGUGCACAUAUACCUUAUCGUGAAGACAAACAUCUAACGGGAACAGCACGUUAUGCAUCGGUCAAUGCACAUCUUGGAAUUGAAUUAACACGAAGAGACGACAUGCUGUCUCUUGGCUAUGUACUUAUGUAUUUCAACAGGGGUUCUUUGCCAUGGCAAGGGUUAAAAGCAGUAACAAAGAAACAAAAAUAUGAAAAAAUAUGUGAAAAGAAAUUGACUACACCUAUUCAGGCACAAUUUUUGAUUUCACUUAUAUUACUGUUCUCUACUUCCAUUACUAACGAUAGCGGUCUUCAUGGCUUAUUUCAGUACGAUUACAUGUUUGAUUGGACCACACGUAAGCAAUGGACAAAAAAAAAUACGGUUUCUUCGGCUCAUGUAUCAAACGGGUUACCAAAGAAGGGCCCGAGAAUGGCGGGCGUUGCUACCAAUUCUCGUGAUUUUAUCGUUGCAACGAAAUAUAAACUAAUCCGUAAGAUAGGUUCUGGCUCGUUUGGUGAUAUAUAUUUGGCUAUAAAUAUCACAAAUGGUGAAGAAGUUGCUGUUAAAAUGGAAUCCAACAAGGCUCGCCAUCCACAGCUGCUUUAUGAGAGCAAAGUAUACAAAAUUCUGCAGGGUGGAGUUGGCAUACCACAUAUACGAUGGUAUGGUACGGAACGGGAAUACAACGUUCUGGUGAUGGAUUUACUAGGUCCUUCAUUAGAGGAUCUUUUCAACUUUUGCAGCCGUCGUUUUACUAUGAAAACCGUUUUAAUGCUAGCUGAUCAAAUGAUUGGACGCAUUGAAUACGUCCACGUUAAAAACUUCAUUCAUAGGGAUAUCAAGGCAAGUUACCGGAAACAUCCUGACAAUUUCAUGAUGGGUAUAGGACGACACUGCAACAAAUUAUUUUUAAUUGAUUUCGGUUUGGCCAAAAAAUAUCGUGACUCACGUACGCGAGCCCAUAUUCCGUAUCGAGAGGAUAAGAAUUUAACCGGAACAGCUCGAUACGCAUCAAUCAAUGCACAUUUGGGCAUUGAACAGUCACGACGAGAUGAUAUGGAAUCGCUUGGAUAUGUUUUAAUGUAUUUCAACAAAGGAACACUUCCAUGGCAAGGUCUUAAAGCUGCAACAAAGAAACAAAAGUAUGAGAAAAUCAGCGAGAAAAAAAUGUCUACACCUGUUGAGGUGCUUUGCAAAGGAUUUCCGGCCGAGUUUGCUAUGUAUUUAAAUUAUACUCGCGGUCUGCGAUUCGAUGAGGCACCAGAUUAUAUGUAUUUACGGCAGUUGUUCCGCAUUCUAUUUAGAACUUUGAAUCAUCAGUAUGAUUAUACAUUUGAUUGGACGAUGUUAAAACAGAAAGCGGCGCAGCAUACGGCAGCGGCGCUUGCAUUGGCUGGUUCAGGACAAGGUGGCGCGCAAUCGGGCACUGCUCCAGGUGUCUAA